AUUACGGCGGCUAGGCAGCAUAUAGGCGUGCUUAUAUUACUCUUAUUGCUACCUCUUAUCCUAACGUAAUGUAUAUAUUCUCGUGUGACAUAACUAUAUAACGUCGCGACUCGUGAUUUAUAAUAAUAACAAAUAUAAAUACUUGAUGGGAGUAAAAUAUAGGUAUGGGUACAAUAUUAUAACACGUAUAGCUGAGAGUGGCUGCGCACACGGUUGCGAUUCGCGAUCGUUUUCCCGAGACCAACUUGUGUAUAAGAUCUACCGUGUUGGCUGGCAGACGCGCAUUUGUAACUUGUAACGCGUACCUAUAUAGCUGGUGCACGUCGUGUGUGUUUCUCUCUCUCGGCUCUAUAGACCCGCGCAGUUUCAGUGCUGCUAAGCGUGUGUACGCGUGUGCUCUAAAAAAGUGGGCUGAAAGCUCUCGCGAGCCUAAAGUUCGAAGGACUAACGUGGGAGAAAAAAAAAAAAAAAAAAAAAAAAAAAGUACCGAUUUUGUAAAACCGGUUGCAAUUGGGUAUUAACAUUGGCGACGGAUGUUUAUGUACAUGCGACUCGCGUCACGCGUGCAGAUGUUGACAGUCCACGAGCAAUGACGGAGCGCGCGUAAAGAGAGAAAAAAGGACGGUAUAUAUACAUUACAGCAGGAGGGUUGAUAUUAUAUGGUGUAGGGGGUGAGUGUGUAUGCAUGUGCUGUCAAGGGAUCGCGAGUGCGCUCUGCUGAAAUAUUUAUCGAGUGAGACUCGCGUGUACCUAUAUACACACGGUACAUCCAAGAGGGGGGGAGGGGGAAGAUACACACACGAGCGAAUGAAAAGCCAUGCCGUAGGAAGAUGAAGGCCGGCCGCAGGAAAAUCAAUAAUCAUCUGGGCUCCGUGUUCAGGGCUCGGACGAGGAGCGACGACAACUCCGAGCUUUCCGCCGAGCUGGUCGUCAACGCCAGGAAGUCCGGCAAACUUUGCCUGUCCUCCCGGGGACUGUCAUCGGUGCCGGAUCAAGUGUGGACCAUUAAUGAAUUGACUGAGACAGAGUUGAAGGAUUUGCAAGUCGACCUUCGCAAUUCCGACAAUCAAAGUAAAUGGUGGGAGUACGAGCCUUUGAAAUCGUUAGAUUUGAGUUCCAACAGCUUAAUAAAAUUGAGCGAGGAUGUUAAAUAUUUGGCCGAUCUAGUCAACUGCGACUUACACGAUAAUUUGUUGGAAUCCUUGCCCGAGGAGAUCGGGUGUCUGGUUAAACUAAGGAAAUUAAAUUUAUCGUCAAACAAGCUGCGAAAUUUGCCAUGCAAGUUUUUCAAUCUCACGGAACUGCGGUGCUUGGAUCUAAAGAGCAACUUGAUCAAAGAAUUGAGUCCGAAAAUCGGCGACUUGGUGAUGCUCGAAUACCUGAACCUCUCGAACAACGAGCUGACGAAUUUGCCCACGGGCCUGGGCUAUUUGGUUCGCUUGAUCGCCCUAGAUUUAAAUCACAAUAAAUUAAAAGAACUUCCCCCGGAUGUGAUGAGCAUGAGAGCCCUGAAGAAGCUCGACGCGAGCAACAAUCGGUUGGAGGUGGUCCCCUCGCUGGGCGAGCUUCGGAAAAUCGAGCGAUUGGACCUGCACAUGAACGACUUGUCCAGUUUCCCGGACGUGAGGGGCUGCACGUCGUUGCAGGAGCUCUUUCUCUCCCACAACAGUAUUACCGAGAUCGACGUUAAUUGUCUCGAGAGCCUCGGCCAAUUGAAAAUAUUGAAUUUGAACAACAACGAGGUUGAGGUGCUACCCGACGAAAUCAUCAUGCUGAUAAGCGUCGAGCAAUUAGAUCUGUCCUACAACAAUAUUUCUGCGAUUCCAAGUUGCGUGGGUAAGAUGCCAAAUUUACAAAAUUUCGUGAUCGAUGGGAACAGGGUGAAGAAUAUUCGUCAGGACAUCGUGAGAUGCGGGACGCCGCGGAUAAUGAAACACCUCAGGCAGACCAUUAAUCCAACGAACACGGAGACGAUGAACUCACCGCUGAGGGUUUGCAAUCCCAACACCUUUCCCGACAAAUACACGAUGAGAAACGCCAAACUGUUGAGCCUGGUGGGCCAAAACCUGGCGGAGGUUCCCGAGGAAGUCUUCGAGAAUGCCAAAGAAGCCGAAGUGACCUGCGUAGAUUUAAGUAGGAACAAGCUCCAGGAGCUGACCGACGGACUGGCCGGAGUCACCACAGCGACGGAUCUCAAACUGUCGUAUAACUUGCUGACCGAAGUGCCAGACUGGCUGGGCGAUAGCCUCGUCAGGUUGCGGUACCUCGACUUGAGUAAGAACCUCCUGACUUCGCUGCCAGCUAGCAUCGGCUGUCUGCAGUUCCUGAUAGAGCUCAAUAUAUCGUUCAACAAGUUCGCUGAGAUGCCCGAGUGCGUGUACGAGGUGUCGAACUUGGAGAUACUCACAGCCAAUGAUAAUAAAAUGUCUUCAAUCAAUGUGCCAGCGUUGAGCAAUCUCAAGAAUCUAGCGAAUUUAGAUCUUUCUAACAAUAAUAUUACAUACGUUCCACCAGAACUUGGGACCCUCAAUAAUCUCAGAAUGCUCUCUUUGAGUGGAAACUGUUUCAAGCAACCGAGACAAGCGACUCUCAUGAAAGGAACGGAAGAAAUUCUGGCUUACCUUCGCAAUAGAAUUCCUCAAACGUAUUAAAUCUUCUUUACACGAAAAAUAAAGUACAAAAUUGUGUUUUAGAGUUAUUGUAUAUUUUUACUGUUGCCACACUUGCAACAAAAAUUUUAAU